AUGCUCCGAGGUUCCCCUUGGACAAGGACAAGUUGGCAUCGAUCUGGAAGCGGCUUCAACAGCGCUUGGCUCAAGACGGAGCUGAAGAAUCGCAGCACCGAGCUGGAGCGGCGGGAGUGGAUCAAGACGACGGCAAUCCCAGCUUUGGCACAGACUCCGCUGCUUGGGGGCAGCCUGCCGUCCUUCUUCCACAGCUUGGCCGUGCGCCUCAAGGAGCAGGCCUACAAGCCCGACUCCUUGAUGGUGAAAUGUGGCGAGAAGCUGGAGAGCAUGAUGAUCUUCAUCCAGGCGCUGCUUGCCGAGCGUGUGGACCUGGAGACAGGCGAGGAGUGGGCCCCCAUCGCCGACUCCGAGCCUUCCGGGCCCUUCUUCGGCGUGCUCGCCGCAGGUCGAGUCAUGGUGGAGAUUGGCCCUGACCGUCACAUUGUGCUGCAGUUGACUGCAGGUGCCAUUUUCCCCAAGGGGCUCUUGGCGACCUACGGCGCUGUGUGCCGAGCGGAGACCUAUUGUGAAGCUUACUGCGUGCGCUGGCACGACUUCAGCCCGGGGACAAGCGUCGGUGUGGAGGCAUUGCUGCUGCAGUGUUUCGGAGAGGUCGGCCUAAGCACUCCGGCGGCUAACGACUGGCAGGGGUUCUGGAAGUUCCGGGUGCGAGAGAAGGCGCCGCAUGCCAUGGCCACUGGCGAGGCCUGGAAGGACCAGCGCGGCCGUCGCAUGAGCCAGGCGAAGCGGAGCGACAGCCACGUCAUCUUCGAGGCUUGUUGGCAAGGAUCCUUAGAAGACAAGCCGAGCGAGAUGGUGAUACUGGUGAAACUGGCCGCCAAGAAGUCCUUGUCGGAGUUGAAAUCCAGGGUUCCAGAUUGGGAAGCUCAAGGAGGUCUCUUGGCAUAUUCAGGUGGCAGACUUCUGCUGCCGAAGCUGGAUGAGAAAGGCCUCCCUUCUCUGCAUGUUGAUUGA